AUGCCUAAGUUACUUCCUCUUACCAAUAAGGCUACCACCAAAGCUGUCGUUGUAGUGCAGCUGACUGUUGCUGCUGUCCGCGAUGUGAUGAUGCCCAUGUUGCAUGAUGACUGGGUGCUCGUCAAAAUCAAAGCAGUUGCCAUCAACCCCACCGACUGGAAGCACGUCCGUUAUGGAGUUGCGGAUAUCGGGUGUAGAGUGGGAUGCGAUUACGCCGGUGUUGUGGAGGAGGUUGGGAGUAAAGUCUCCAACUUUGCAAAAGGUGAUCGUAUCACCGGCUGGAUUCAUGGCGCAAAUCGGGUCAACCGUGAAUCGGGAUCAUUUGCCGAGUACGCCGUUGCAAAGGCUUCUGUCCAAAGAAAGAUCCCCGAUAAUUUGAGCUUUGAAGAAGCGGCAACCUUGGGGGUUGCCAUCAUGACAGUUGGACUAGGCAUGUAUAAGAACCUCCAACUACCAUUGCCUACGGAGCCAUGCAAAGAAGCAUUUCCUCUUCUCAUCUACGGCGGGAGCACUGCGACAGGCAUGGCCGGCAUCCAGUUUGCCAAACUCUCCGGCCUAACCGUCAUCACGACCUGCUCCCCUCGCAACUUUGACUUGGUGAAAGGCCUGGGGGCCGAUGCCGUCUUCGACUAUAAUUCCCCAACCUGCGCCGCGGAUAUCAAAGAGCUGACCAAGAACCGUCUGACGUAUGCAUGGGACUGCACGGGUGAGGGUACGAUAAUCUGCGCGCAGGCCAUGUCAGACUGUGAGCCGGGCAACUACGGCACCAUUAUGCCCGCAGACUACGAUCUGCUUAAGGCUACCAACCCCCAGGUCCAUGGCCAGGAUUGUAUUCGCGGAUACGAUACCAUGGGCGAGUUUUAUUGCUGGCUCGGCCAGACACCAGUCACGCCCAACCCAGAGGAUAUACAGUUUUACCAGUCAUUUCUGGCGUUAACUCAGCCCCUGUUGGAAAAUGGGAGCAUCAAACCCCUUCCAGCGACCGUGAACAAGAACGGCAGUGGAUUGGAGGGCGUGCUGAAGGGUCUGGAAGAAAUGGAACUGGGCAACGUCAGCGGAGAGAAGUUGGUUUAUACCAUUUAA